CACGACCUCAAUUCCCAGAGAUACUUCUCCCGACCCUCUCACCAACCGAAUCCGCCUCUAAGCAGACCAGUCAUAAAGUCACAAUGCCUCCGAAAAGCCGCCAUACUCAAACCUCCCCCCCUUCCUCCUCGACACCAGCAAGGCCCGCCCCUUCGUCAUCGUCAUCGUCGAAAGCAAGCAGCUCGUCGGCACUCGAUGCCCAAGACAUCGUCCUUAGCGUCUGGAACAAAUAUCUCGAGAAAACGCCACAGCGAGUAAAGUUGUUGGACAGCUUUAUGGGGUUUCUGGCUGUAGUCGGGGUCCUGCAAUUCGUGUACUGCUGUUUGGUUGGAAACUUUCCAUUCAACGCGUUCCUCUCCGGCUUCAGUGCCACCGUUGGUCAAUUCGUGCUCACAGCAUCUCUCCGUAUUCAAACCAAUCCCGAAAACAAGGCUGAAUUCGAGAGUAUUUCCACCGAGCGUGCAUUUGCGGAUUUUGUUUUCGGAAGCCUGCUUCUGCAUUUCUUCUGCGUUAAUUUCAUAAAUUAAACAUGGCUGGGCGGGGCAAUGAGAAUGGCUUGUGCUGGUGAGAUGAGGUGAAGAGGCUAGGGGAGAUUCCUAAGACGGACAGGGCUUUAUCCCGAAAGUAGAACAGGAUGCUUGGAUGCUUGGAAGAACCAGUGGCUAUUCGGUGGGCGUACAGGUUGAUGGAUUUUGAAAUGGCCUUCAUGUGUACUACUCGGACUAGGGAUUCUAAAUAUCAAAACGCGUUGAAGGGUUUCAUGCCACAUGCCGGCAUGGCCAUGUAAUG